AUGCCUCUCUGUGGUGGUUCUUCAAGCAAGCAGCCAAUUGAGCGUAAAAUAGUCAUAUUAGGAGAUGGUGCUUGUGGUAAGACUUCUCUUUUAAAUGUUUUCACCAGGGGAUAUUUCCCUAAGGUGUACGAACCUACCAUCUUUGAGAAUUACAUUCACGAUAUAUUUGUGGAUAAUCAGCACAUAUCUUUAAGCUUGUGGGAUACGGCAGGACAGGAAGAAUUCGACAGGUUGCGAUCGUUAUCAUACAGUGACACACAUACUAUUAUGUUGUGUUUUUCGGUAGAUUCAAGGGACUCGCUAGAGAACGUUCAAAAUAAAUGGGUUGGCGAAAUCGCAGAUCAUUGUGAAGGUGUGAAAUUAGUACUUGUAGCGUUAAAAUGUGAUUUAAGAAAUUUGGAAGAGUUCGGGAACGAAUCUGCUGCCAUUACCCCAGGCUCUAUUCAGAACAGGAAUAGUAACGCUAAGGAUAAUGGAUUGAUUAGUUACGAAGAAGGUUUGGAUAUGGCGAAGAAAAUCGGUGCAUUGCGCUACUUGGAAUGCAGCGCCAAAAUGAAUAGAGGUGUCAACGAGGCAUUCACCGAAGCUGCUCGUUGUGCAUUGACUGCAACUCCAAAGGGGGCGAAUGAUACCAUCCCUCAGGAUAAAGGAAGCAGUUGUAUUAUUAUGUGA